UUUUGGUUGAUGUUUGGGCGGGGACUAGGAGGUGCCUGGGGCUUCUGGACCCGACAGGCUCUCCCUCAAACUGCCUUCCGCCGGCUGAGUCCGGGGAAGGGGCGGAGGGGUCACGGUGUGAGCAAACCCCUCCGCCCCCGUCCUUAGGGUCUUCGCUGGGGGCGACCCCAGCGGCACUCUCUCCGUGCAUACACUCGGCACUUCUCUGAUCUCGCCUAGGGUGUACACAGGCUGGGGAAGUUGGCGUGGGGGGCGCAGGUGUCCGGAUCGGAGGGUGCUGGGCUGGGUGGUGCCACGACGCUCUGCUGUGCUCUGAGAAGUGCGGGGGACUUGGGGAAGUAGGUUCUGGGUGGGAGAGUGUGAGAACCAGAGGCGUGAGCGUCCUGGUGCAGCCCCGUGGUGCUGGUGUUUCGGGACACUUGGGGUCUUGGGGCGCAAAGACGUAUUCGGGCUUGGUAUUGAGGGUCGGUGAUUAUCCCAGCCCCUGCUCCCGGUCAGCCCGGGACUCCCUUAGAACAAACGUGCAGGAUCCGCAGGGCCGGCCUGGGAACGCGUCCAGGGUGAGCUGGUGUCGUCAGAACGAGUACUGACUCCCCUCCCCCUCCCGGCUCUGAGUGUGGGAGGAGACACGCAGCCCCCUCCCAGGCAGCAGGGGCAGGGCCGAGGGAGGCCUGUAUAAGGCUCCCCCGGAAGGCUCCACCGCCCUAAGCUCACCACCCGCCCCCGGACGCCUCUCUCGCCAUGUGGCUUCUGGUUCUGUGCCUCUCCCUGCCCCUGGGGGGCACUGGCGCCGUGCCCCUCGUCCAGUCCCGGAUCAUAGGCGGCUGGGCGUGUGACAAGCACUCCCAGCCCUGGCACGUGGCUGUGAAUCGCGGUGGUCUCACAGCGUGCGGGGGCGUCCUGGUGCACCCCCAGUGGGUGCUCACAGCCGCCCACUGCUUCAGCAACAACACGCAGGUCUGGCUGGGGCUGGACCGCCUGCUGGAGGACGGAGCCGAGGCCACGCUGGCGCAGGUAGCCCGCAGCUUCCCGCACCCCCUCUACAACCUGAGCCUCCUGGGGAGCGCGAACCUCACGGCCGGGGAAGACAACAGCCACGACCUCAUGCUGCUGCGGCUGGCGGAGCCCGCGCGGCUCUCGGGCGCGGUGCAGGUGCUGGGCCUGCCCACCCGGGACCCCCAAGAGGGCAGCACCUGCAUCGCCUCGGGCUGGGGCAGCAUCAAACCAGAGAAGUUCUUGCGCCCCAGGAGCCUCCAGUGCGUGGACCUCCGUCUCCUGUCCAGUGACGAGUGCAGAAACGUCUACUCUGAGAAAGUAACAGAGUUUAUGCUUUGUGCCGGCCACUUGGAAGGCGGCAAAGACACCUGCAAGGGGGACUCCGGGGGCCCCCUGGUCUGUGACGGCGUGCUGCAAGGCCUCACCUCGUGGGGCGGGAUUCCGUGCGCCCGGGCCAGGCAGCCGGCUCUCUACACCAAGCUGGUGCGGUACCGGAAGUGGAUCGAGGACACCAUGGCAGCCAACCCCUGAGUGCCCCGCCCCGCCCCGCCCCGCAGCGAGUAAAGUCGAGUCCACGCCGCGCUCUGUAUCGUGCAGCCUCUGUAGACCCUGGGCAGCCGAAGCGCAGGGCUCGGCGCCCCACCUGGCGCCCCCGGCCCUCCCAGCCCGCCUCACGUAGUGCAGGGACAGGGUCGACUGGUGGGGUGCACGUGGGUGUGGCUUCAGCCUCCUCCCCACGCACUCCGGAACCUGGGCGGUGUACAGGGACACGCAUGGGGGAGGGGCGGGGCCCAGCCUGGGAGGGCGGGUGGCAGGUGCACUGGGUGCCCUCUGUGGGGCACGCGUGCCAGACGGAGCCUACGACCUGAGCAGAGAGCAGAGGGGCCUUCGACGUGGCGGGGGCCCAGAGCCCUGGGCAGCCCCGCCUCUGUGGGGGAAGCAUUGGGGUUGCCCAAAGCGCCCUAAGGCAGCAGAUUCCGGGUGGAACCCGCAGAACCCGGAGGAGGUGUCCCACUCUGGGUUGCCGUAGUUUGUGGUCGGUGACGGGCCACAGGUUAAAACGAGCAAAGGCAACAUGUGUGCAGGUUGAGUGGGGGAGGAAAUGGACCAGCGGCAGGUGCUGUCUGCCGGGCGAGUCUUCCGGAGCCUUUCAGCCCAGCCCGGCCCAAGUGUCCGGAGAGUCUGUGGGGAGUCGGCCUGCGGGGUGUGGGGUGCUUCCGGAGCUGGGGGCGGGCUCCGGCUCUGCAGCUCGGCCGGGGGUCCCCCAGAGCAGGUGUUGACCAGUGGUCAGGCGUGGCCCAAGGGCCCGGGGAGACCACACAGUCUCUGGGAUCCGAUGCCAACCCCUGGACGGCUCUGCCAGGGGCGCGUCCUUUGUUUGGAAUGAGCCCUGCAGGCUCCUGAGUUCACCACUGGGUGUUGGGUGGGCGCCUGGGCUCUGGCUCUGUCUUGAGGGGCACACAGAGCCGUCCCGCCACGGGCAUCCAGAAGUAGGAGCAGUUUGGAGGGCAGGUGCUGGGCUCCGCGAGUAUGUGCUGCCUUCUCUUCAUGCCACCAGGGAGGCGGGGACUCCUCUGCUCGCUUUGGGGGGACGGCGGGACACACGGGCGUGUUGCUGGUCACGAGACGGGGGCUGUCCCCUGUGCGGGCUGACAACGGGUCGCACUCAGAACCAGUGUGUGCAGGCAGCGACUGGGGGCCAAGGUUAGCAGCAACAGGGGCGUGCAGUGAAUUCUGGUGCCCGCGGGAGGGUGUGAUUGUCGAUGUCCUCAUCCAGUAAGGUUGCAGGCUGGCAGGAAGUGAGACCCAUUAGGCUGAGGACUUUCUGGGGUGCAGUAGAUCCCCCCCUGGGACAGAAACUAGCUAGGGAUGGCGGAGCCCUCCCUAGGGCAAGUGGGCUAUGGCUGGGGUGGGACAGGCUGUGGGGUCCCGGGGUCUGUCCUGGCAUGUGGGGAUGUGGAACCCAAGACCAGUGGCAUGUGGGGGAUGGCGAGGGACAGGGUGGUGAUAGGAGGCUUCUUAAGCAGCAGGCGGCGUGACUUUGUCUCUGGAGGGGAACACUUGGAGCCGGCAGGGUUCAGCUUUGUCCCCAAAGUGCCGCUAAGUUACAGUCCCUCUUCCAUCACCUGGCUCUGGCCAGCUGGGUCCCCCUCCUACCUCCAACUCCAGGUGGCCAGGGGCAGCCUCAGUGCUUGAGCAUCUGUCAGGGACUCUGAAGGGUCUACUGAUGUUUGGCCACAUCAGUCAGCCUGGCACAGUUUCCUGAAGGCUGCCUGGACACGUGAAUGCCCAGGGGCAGACAAGGGCCUCUACUCCCGGCAGGGCAGGCCGCGUGGACUUCAUGUCCACGGCUGUUCCCCUGGCCCCCAGGUCCUUCAGGGUGCACGCUCACAUCGGCUCACCUGCCCCUCCAGUCACUUGGGGGUGACCAGAGCAGGCCAGCGGGAGUCUGCACACUGUGGAGGAUUUUCUGAGGUCGGGAAUCCUCAGUCUCACAAAAGGGUUGCCAGCAACCUUGCCGAGCCUUCGUCCCCGAGGCGAUGCUGUCUUUAUUGUCCCAGGCCGCAAACAGAGCUGCCCUGCAGGAAGGGGUUUUAUUUCUAUUUGUUGUCCUGGACAUUAAACAAGUGAGUUCCGGGGACAUGCUACCCUUAUUAUCUUGGACGGUAACCCAACCCUGCCUGUGGAGAUAGUUAUCUCGCCAGACUGCUCUCCGGACAGAUCUCUGCGGUAGACACCUUGAGCAAAAUGGCUUAAGGCCUUUCUCAGAAGUCAUAGUCAGAAGGCAAGAGACCCGCGGGGAACUGUCUGCCAGCACUGUGAGCUUGAGGCCCGUGGACGGGUCACAGUUCUGACCCCGAGUACCACCCACGGGCUGUCUGAAUCACUCUGGCCGGAGUUGUAUCCCAAACCUGAAUGUCCACACCUAAGUGUCUGUGAACUCCUUAUAUAAAUUACUUACAACACUUGAUAUUUGUUAGCGGUGUCCGGGUGUCAGUCCCCCCUUCAUUUAGCCUCUACAGAAGUCUCCAGUUUACCCACAAAGCAAGGGAAGUGCACUGAGAAAUAAUUUGCUUAGUCAAUGUGUGUGCGUCUGAGCCCGGGUGGGCAGGCUCUGGAUACCGUCGCCCCACGAUGGACCCCUGUCUGCGUGCCUCGCCCCGUGUGCCCUUAUUAGGCCCCCACCUCGUCUGCCCAGGCCCUGUGUGCAACUAUGUCCAUCUGUGGCCUUGUAUAUCCAGACCUACACUGGAGAGUAUGAACUCGGGUGAGAACUCCUGUGUCCCAGUGUGUGCAUGUGUGUGUGUGUGUGUGCACCUGCAUGACUUACACACGCAUGACCUUGCGUGCCUUCGCUGCUGAGGCACACCCCCGCCCAUGUAAAACCUAAAGGGAAGAGAGAGUAAAAAUACCAGGGAUUUCCAGACAGACGGUGGGCAAACCACGCGUGAAUGUCACGGAGGAAGACAUGGGCACGGGGUGGGGGGGUACCCCUGGGGUCUCUUUCCUCUCCCAGAGGCCUAGAACGGUGACAGGGUGCUGGGAGCUGAGGCAUGCGCACCUCCCUCCCAGCCAAGGCUGCUGACUCUGUCUCUCUGUGGGAGCACUUGUCACGUGUUUAGCUACUCAAAUCUCCCGCCAAGGGGCUGGCAUGGUGAUGGUGUCCCCAGAUUGCCAAAGGGCUCGGCAAACCUCGGGCUGCCCACGCUCCUGCCCAUGUGUCUGUGCCCUUGCAGACUUGCCGCCCGCCCACACAGCUCCACGCAGCCCGGGCGAGCACAGUCUGCGCGUGCGCAGUGCCUGGGGCCACGGUGCUCUCUCCACCACCCAGCAUCCAUCGCCCUGACAUCAUAUUGAUGCGACUGGCCCCGCCCCUGCCCUCGCUCCGCGCCAAUCAGGAGCCUCCCUGGCGCUGCCUUGGCGGGUGUGGCCUGCGUGACGUGGGCUGCGCGCAGCCUGGUGCAGGAGAGAAACCUUGAGGGUUUCCACUUGGCCCCCAGGCCCUGAGGGGCAGGUGCUGGGCCUCCUGGCGGACCCUGUCCUAGAGGGGUCCAACUUUGCUUUCCCUUACGGUCCCCUGGUUCUCCGCAUCGGGGUGCUCGCUGGUGCCUUCCCCUUCCGGGACCCUGGCCGGGCUCAGCUGCGGGGUGGGCGGCGGAGGCACGGGGCUCGCGUGGACCCCGAGUCUGGGGCCGAUCGGGGCGGAGCAGGAGGACUCCCG